AUAGCGUAGUAUGACCAAUCGCACAGCCAUCUGUCUGUGGAAACAAAACCAAUGAAUUGUGUAGCAUUUUAAGUAGAUGGGUGGAUAUGAGGUGUAAUCGACGCGAGGAAUCUUGAGAUGUCAACGCGAAGAAGACGCGCUAGGCGGACACGUCUACGCGUCUUCACGUGUAUCCGUCUCGGGCGAAAUCUCACUCGAAAUCAUCCGCUGCACAGAUGGACAAUGACGAUACCCAAAUCUUUGACGUCCAGAUACGAGAUCAAGAAUACAACUGCAUGAGUUAGAAUUACACAUCUCCACCACUGUAAAAAACUUGGAAUGCUUCUCGACCAAACACUAAGCAUCAUUGACUCACAUCCUACUCAACAUCGCCUUGCCCGUUAAAGCCAAUAUUACUCAACCUUAUAAAUACUUUGCACAAGAGAUUGUUUCAGGAACUUACAAAACAAAUUGUCUUUAUUCAACACAGUCAUGGAGACCCUCAUUCACAGCCAGCGAUUAACCCUCCUCCGCCUAACAGACAUCUCAUCAAUCUCCUCACCACACGUUCGUCUCUUCCAUGAAAACUGGUCCAACCACGAUGCCACAGGAUGGAGUCUCCAUGGACCCACGCACUCCUUGGAAGAAAGCUAUGAAUGGAUGAAAGAACAACUAGCACCAUCACCAGGAAACGAUAGCAUGUUCUACUCUGUGUUUGCAACAUCCAACCCUUCGGCUUCGACUUUGGAAAGCAACGAUGGUGAGGUUGGCGACGAAACUGGCUUAGGGGAGCACGUCGGCAGUGUAAGCCUUCGUCUUCAGCCCAGCGGUCCCUCCAUCCCUCUUCCGCCUCCAUCCUCGGAAUACCCACACUCAUCAACAGAGAGCAUGAGGGCAUUAGGAUACGCCUUCUUUCCCUCAGCACGAGGCAAGGGAUAUGCGACGGAAGCGGGUCACGCGCUGUUGAACGCUUAUGCUGCUUUUGUGUCUUCGUCGUCGGCAACACAAAACAACAGCCAAGGAGGACAUGGGAUAGAGAAAGCAUAUGUUGAAGCAGCAGUAGACGAGGACAAUCCCGGUAGCAUCAAAGUAUUGGAGAAACUCGGAUUUAAGAAGCUGGGCUGGAAGCAUGAGGAGGAGAAGGUGUUUCUGAAUGGAGCAUGGAGGGGACCUGGGUACUGGGUGUAUGGCCUGUUUGUUUGAGUAUAAAGGACUUUACACCUGGGAAAAAGGAAGACAUAUAGGCAUAGGGAGAAAAGUAUGCAGACGA